AUGAAUCCUUCGUCCCUUCUCCGCACUGCCUCGCGCUCGGCAGGCCGACUAGGCAAGAUCCCCGCAGUAUCGCGCGCCGCUGCUGUGCGUGGGUACGCCACGAACUUCAACUGGCAGGACCCUCUUCUUGCGUCGGAGCUGUAUACAGAGGAAGAAUUGGCCAUUCAGGAUACUGCGAGACAGUACUGCCAGGAAAGAUUGCAACCAAGGGUCCUUGACGCCUACCGAACCGAGAACUAUGAUCGAAAGAUCCUAGAGGAAAUGGGCGAGCUUGGCCUCCUUGGCGCUAGCAUAGAGGGGUAUGGAUGCGCUGGCGUGAGCACUGUUGCUUCUGGCUUGAUUACAAAAGAGGUCGAGCGCGUGGACUCUGGAUACCGAUCAGGGAUGUCCGUGCAGAGCUCACUGGCGAUGACUGCAAUCCACGAAUUCGGCACGCAGGAGCUCAAGGAUAGGCUGCUUCCAGAUCUAGCCAAAGGCAAGCUGGCUGGUUGCUUUGGUCUCACCGAGCCUAAUCACGGCUCCGACCCUGGAUCCAUGGAGACGAUUGCGCGCGAACAUCCUACGCAAAAGGGCGUUUACCUGCUCUCCGGCAGCAAGACCUGGAUUACCAACUCACCCAUAUCCGAUGUCUUGAUCGUCUGGGCCAAGCUGGAAAGCACAGGGAAGAUUCGCGGAUUCGCGGUUGAACGCAGCAAGUGCCCACCAGGGACGCUCGAAACUCCUGCCCUCAAGAACAAGUCUGCUCUUCGCGCAUCCAUCACAGGCAUGAUUCAGUUGGAUGAUUGCCCAGUGGCGGUAGAGAACAUGUUCCCCGAUGUUGAGGGCCUGGUGGGACCGUUCACCUGCCUCAACAGCGCACGUCUCGGUAUUGCUUUCGGAGCCAUGGGUGCCCUUGAAGACUGCAUCGACCGUGCUCGGACGUACGCGCUGGAGAGGAAGCAGUUCAAGGGUAACCCUUUGGCAAAGUACCAGCUGAUCCAGAAGAAACUGGCAGAUGCUGUCACAGAUGCUGCAUAUGGCACCUUGGCUGCAACCCAGGUUGCUCGACUGAAGGACGCUGGCAAAAGCACCCCGGAGAUGAUUUCGUUGAUCAAGAGACAGAACUGUGACCGAGCGCUUGCCAACUCCCGAAUUCUCCAAGAGAUCUUUGGAGGUAAUGCGGCAAGUGACGAGUACCAUAUCGCUCGCCAUGUGGCGAACCUGUUUGUGGUACAGACAUAUGAGGGCCAAAGCGACAUUCACGCUUUGAUUCUAGGUCGUGCUAUUACCGGAGUUCAAGCCUUUGUUUAA